AACGAAACGGAGCGACAAAACCCGAAAACACCAUGAAAUUUGCUUAUAACAGCGAUCUUUGCGUUUCAAUCCAGUAUUUUUUCGUUCCUGGUGCCAAAAGCGCGAAUAAAUGAAUAAAGUCAACAAAGGAUCUUUGAAAUUUUAUUUUAACUUGUCUACUAGCGAAGAAAAACAACAGAAAACCGAGAAAAGUAUAAUACUCAGGCAUUGUGAUGUUUCUUAAACAUGUCUUGUCUUUCUGUGCAACUAGGCUCUGAUGAUAGCGAAGGAUAUAUCCUAAAAGCAGUUGUUUUUGAUACUAGAAAUCUUUCUAGCAUUUUGAAAGCAAUUAAUUUUAAAGAGAUGUCGAUAUUUUGUAUAAAUGAGCACGGCAUUCGUGUGAUGGUUGAAGGUGCAAAAUGUGUUCAAGCAAGUGCAUUUAUACAAACUGGUAUAUUUCAUGAGUUCUCAGCAAAGGAUGAUGCAACCUUUGGAAUCAAUCUAAAUAUUCUAUUGGGUUGUCUGAACAUCUUUAGUGGCUCUACUACCUUGGUGAAAAUGUUCUAUGAAAACCAUGGAUAUCCUCUCAAGCUAAUUUUAGAAGAAAAAGGUGUCAUCACUGAUUGUUGCAUACAAACUGAAGAACCUGAUGAAGGCUUAGAUUUUGAUUUUCAGACACCAAAUGUUGUGAAUAAAAUUAUAAUGCAGUCUUCCUUAUUGAAAGAAGCCUUUCACGAGUUGGACAUGACAAGUGAAAUUCUAGAGAUUCUCAUGUCACCCGAUAAUCCUUAUCUCAGACUCUCAACUUUUGGACAUGCUGGCACUGCUCACGUUGAUUUUCCCAAAGACUCUGAGCAAAUGGUUAGUUUUGAAUGUACUCAAACACAAACAAAUAGGUAUAAAAUCACUCUCUUGAAACCAUCGACAAAAGCUCUGGAUAUAUCAAACAAAAUAUCUAUACGAAUGGACAAUCGAGGAUUUCUCUCAUUGCAGUAUAUGAUUGUUACAGAAGACGGUGAAACAUGUUACAUUGAAUAUCUGUGUGCACCUGACGAAGAAACUGAAGAAGAUCGUGAUGUUUCAGCUGAAGAAUGAGCUAUUCUUCCAUAAUAACAAAUGGAGUGUAACAUAAAAAUAUAAGUUUUGUGCAUUUAUUACUUAUUAUACAUGUAUAUUAGCUACAUACAAAUAAUAAAUCAAUAUUUUAUGUAGUCAUUUCAAAAUGAAUUAUAACAUGGUGCAUGCAUGUUUUUCAUAGAGAUUGUUGUCUCGAUGUAAUUAUCUACGAUUAUCGUUCACAUCGCUUCGUCUAUACACAUUUAAAGUAUUGCUUGUAUAUCUAGCUUUGUUAAAUUAUAUCUGCUCACAUCAUGCA